AUGAAUGAACUGUCGACGGUCAAUACAUAUAAAUCGUCUCAAAGUGAGAGUGACGAAGGGGAUGAUAUAUUUGAGGUGAGACAAAGAAGAGUAGACAUAAAAGGAAAAGCAGUAGACCGACAUGAAUCUGUAGCCGACGGUAUAGAGAUCAGUAAUGGGAAGGAAAGUUUUGAUAGCAGAGAAGACGAGGUCAAUAAUUUACAAAUAGAUUCCGUUAUUACAUUACUAUCAUUGGACCUCCCUUACGUACGAGUUGAUGGUCGAUUCUUGGUCGAUUUUCGACGUUUGAAAAUAGGACCAAAAGACAAUUCUAGCUGGGAAACAAGUGAUAAUGGGUGUCGAUUUGAAAAAACAUCAGAUGAUUCAGAAUUUUGGUAUGAUGAUGAAGAAGAAAUGGACAUUGAAGUGGAAUGUAAUAAUUGGGAUCCAUAUUUGGAACGUGUUGUAUACAUCCUAAAAGAUUAUAAAUGUGAAAGAUUGUUUAUUGUUUUGCGAUGGUAUUUGCAUUCUUUAUAA